AUGACUUUCACCGGUAUCAAUUCUCGUAGCAUCGGGGAGGCUCGUAGUGGCAACAGCUCUGCUCUGCGUAAUCCCAACUCCAGCCAGCGAGUUGGCAACCAGCUUCGGGGGACUCUUCUUCUCCAGGAUUUCAACCUCAUUGAGCUGAUCCAGUCCCUUGACCGUGAGCGCAUCCCGGAGAGGGUCGUCCAUGCCAGGGGGUGUGGCGCCAGUGGCUAUUUCGAGGUCACCCAGGACAUGACUGACUUGACAUCUGCCGACUUUCUGAGCCGUGUUGGAAAGCGCACUCCACUCCUUGCGCGCUUUUCAACUACAGCUGGUGAGAAGGGUUCGCCUGAGACGGUUCGCGACGUGAGGGGAUCUGCUUUCAAGCUCUACACGGACCAGGGAAAUCUCGAUUGGGUCUUCUUGAGCCAGCCUGUCUUCUCGAUUCGUGACCCGGCCAAAUUUCCCUCUUUCGUCCACGCUACGAAGAAGAACCCGCGAAGUGGUCUACCUGAUCACUCGAUGUUCUGGGAUUACUUCAACAACAACCCCGAAGCUAUUCAUUUCUUAAUGUUCCUCUUCAGUGACCGGGCUACCCCUGAUGGAUUUCAUUAUGCGGAUAUUUUCUCGGUCAAUACCUACCGUUUUACAAAGGCAGAUGGCACAUCCCAAUACGUGAAGCUCCACAUCAAGUCGAACCAAGGCAGCCAGUACCUCACUUCCUCCGAGGCCAAGAAACGUGCCGGUGAGGACCCCGACUACAUGACGCGGUCUUUGCACAACGGAAUCGAAGCUGGCUCGUUCCCCUCUUGGGACGUCUAUGGCCAGUUCAUCAGUCCUGAUGUUGUGGAGAGCUACCCCAUCAAUAUCUUUGACCCUACCAAAACGCUGCUGUCAAAAGACUUUCCCUACCGCCCGUUCGGUCGCAUUGUUCUGAACAAGAACGUUGGGGACAACUUUGGCGAGGUUGAGCAGGCGGCUUUCAGCCCGGCCAACGUCGUACCAGGUUGGGCGCUCACCAGUGAUCCCAUUCUUCAAAUCCGAGCAUUUGCAUACCAAGAUACCCAGCGUUAUCGUCUUGGUCCCAAUUUCUACCAGCUUCCAGUCAAUCGUCCCAAGAACAGCUUCGACCCUCUGCAUCGCGAUGGUGCUGGCAACUACAAUGGCCUUGGGAACACUCCGUCCUACUACCCGUCCACCUAUCAGCACUACGAGGACGCCCCUCAAUAUGCGUCUGCCAAUGAGGAGAACUGGUGCGGCCCUGUUGUUGACCAUGAGAGUAAGUUGACCGAGGACGACUUCGCGCAGCCUCGUGACUUCUGGGUGCGCAUUCUUCCCAAGGAUGCAGGCCAGCAGGAGAACCUGGUAGGCAACAUUGCCGAGCAUCUCGCUCAGGCUCUGCCUGAGAUCCGCAAGCAGACCUACGCUCUCUUCCGGCGCGUCCACCAGGAUCUCGGGCGCCAGAUCCGCAUCGCCACUGAGAAGUGGGCAGAGGAGAUCGAGAUAAGCAAGGUCGAUGACCAGUUGCGGAGCCUCAACCUGGACUUCCAGCCUCGCAGUGCCCGAACUGCCCUCGACAAGAACGAGGACCUGCCCUGCAGCCUGGAUCUUCCUGCUCCGAACGCUGGCAUUUUUUCAGGCAAGCAGGCUUUCCAUUCCUAA